ACACACACACACACACACACACACAGCACAGGCAUAGAGGAAGACGGAGAAACCUUUCAGCAUCCUUUCAGUAGCAUCUUAGCAUCAGUAUCCAAGAUUGUCCACCUCACUGUCAGAUCUGACAGCAUGGCUGAGGGUUCAGGUGAGGUUUCGCUGGCAGAGGUUGAGACAGCAUUUCGUAAAUUUGCGGUUCAUGGAGACACCAAAGCAACAGGGAAUGAGAUGAACGGGAAAAAUUUUGUUAAGCUGUGUAAGGACUGCAAGGUCAUCGAUGGGAAAAAUGUCACCAGCACGGACGUGGACAUCAUCUUCAGCAAAGUCAAGGUUAAAUCAGCACGUGUCAUCACGUUUGAGCAGUUCACUCAGGCCAUGGCCGACUUGGCUACAAAACGUUUUAAAGGGAAGAGUCAGGAAGAGGCAGUACAGCUUCUCUACAGUCUCAUGGCUGGCAAAGAACCAGCCAACAUUGGUGUCACUAAAGUGGCAAAAGCCUCUGCUGUGGAAAGGCUAACAGACAGCAGUAAGUUCACUGGUUCUCAUAAGGAGCGUUUUGAUCCGUCUGGAAAAGGAAAAGGCCGUGUUGGGAGGGAAGACAUCCCUGACACCAGUGGAUACGUCUCGACAUACAAAGGCCAAGGCACCUAUGACAGCAAAGUAAAAGAGGACGAAUGAGAGAGAGAAAAAUGCUUUAUGCAUGCAAGUCUUCCUGGUUUUAUUUCCAUAGCUGAGUUGUAACUUGCCUGCAAAAAUAAACCCUGGCUAAAACUUUGCAUGAAAACCCAUGUCUUUAUCACUUUCAUACACCAGUCUGUCAUCAUCUUACAGAUGUUUUUAAUGUGGUAAAAUCCACUGUCUCUAACCAACUUGCCUUUCAUAAGUUAUAUAAUUUUAAGAAUAAAUAAAACCAAAUAAAAACAGCUAAAGGGUUAAUCAUGUCAUCAUGUACUCAUCAUUGUGUUGUGCAUGACUUUCUUCUGUGGAACAUAAAAGAUUUACAAUAGUUUAAAAAGUUUAACUUAAAAAGUGUGUCAGUUUUUGUUUGACCCAACAAUGGAAGCCAACCAUUCUGAUUGGUUACCAAAAUUCUCCAAAAUAUCUUCUUUUGUGAUUCACAGAAGAAAGAAAGUCAGUAACAUAAUUAUGCAUAAUUACAACUAACCAUAAACCCAACACUAAUCCUAACCGUAAGCCUGUAUGUUGUUGUAAGAUUCCUCAGUACUUAAAUGUAUAAUUACACUGCAACAAUUAAGAAAACAUUAAAAUUGUAACCAGAAAGUCUUGAUUUUUGGUUAAACUAUCCCAUUAAGUGAUUCUUUUUCUCUGCUGGUGUUAAUACUGUAUGUGUGCUGGAUAAAUUAGCUUUAAUGUGUGUUUACGCUUUGUUGAACUGAGAUCUCUAUCAGACUGUAAACAAUGAACUGAGUCGAUGCAAAUAAAGUCAAAUGAAGAAAUGC